UGUCUACAAAUACCUCUCAAGUCCCAACCCCUCUCGCCCCCUUUCCUUUCCCCUAUUCUAUUCCCAGGAGGUGGAAGAAGAGCUCGGCCCCUAGCUUUCGUUCAAUUCCUUCCCCCCUGGUCUCCCAAAGAGGCUUUCUAGGGUUCGAAAGGUCGAUCUCAGUUCCAGCUCCUCCGCCAUGAAUCCCGAAUAUGACUAUCUUUUCAAGCUUCUGCUUAUUGGAGAUUCAGGGGUUGGAAAGUCAUGCCUACUAUUAAGAUUUGCGGAUGAUUCGUAUUUAGAGAGUUAUAUCAGUACUAUUGGUGUUGAUUUUAAAAUUCGUACAGUAGAGCAGGAUGGGAAAACCAUAAAACUUCAAAUUUGGGACACAGCUGGACAGGAGCGCUUCAGGACAAUCACAAGCAGCUACUACCGCGGUGCCCAUGGCAUAAUUGUGAGUUCUGUCAUCAUAUCUCAGUUGUCAUGUAAUUGCAUUUCAAUGCUUCAAAAUACAGUCUGGGUUGAUGGUCUGUCCUUGCAGGUUGUUUAUGAUGUAACUGACCAAGAGAGUUUCAAUAAUGUCAAGCAAUGGCUAAAUGAGAUAGAUAGGUACGCAAGCGACAAUGUGAACAAGCUUUUGGUAGGAAACAAAUGUGAUCUGGAUGCUGAUAGGGUGGUUUCCUAUGAAACUGGGAAGGCAUUUGCCGAUGAGAUUGGGAUACCAUUACUGGAGACCAGUGCCAAGGAUGCCACUAAUGUAGAGAAGGCAUUUAUGACCAUGACAGCAGAGAUAAAGAAUCGGAUGGCGAGCCAACCAGCUACGAAUGCCAGCAAACCAGCUACGAUACGAAUGCAAGGUCGGCCUGUUGCCCAGAAGAGCAGCUGUUGCUCUUAGGUUCAACUUCUUGCUCCACCUCAAAUGUUUUCUCCAAUGAACAAGUCCAUAAAGUUGCUGGGUGGGAGCAGCAAAACAUUGUGGGGUACCGGUCGCUUCUUUUAUGUGUACAUAUGGUGAAAAUUUUCAGAAACCAUGCACGGUUUGGAAGUGUUAAGCACAAACACGUUCACCAUGUUUGUUUAAAAACAAAAGGAGUAUGUUCAAAAUGGCCUAAUUCUUCCAGAUUCUUAAAAAUGGUCCUAUGCUUUAUUAUAUGGUGCAGACGGCCUUGUACUGCCGGCGUUGUCAA